AAGAAAGGGUAGUAGAAGAAAGCAGCAGUCUACGGCUAUUUAAGAGGGAGAAGUGAAAUGGUGGGGGAGGAAAGCAGAUAACGCGUCGCUGGCCGCUGAAUGCUCUCUCUCUCUCUCUCUCUUUCUCUCUCCUCUCUCUAACAACUCUGACCGUCUCUCUCUCCUUCCCUCUUUUCUGUAUUUAUUUAUAUACCUCGUGUGCUCCACCAUCUACCCUUCCCUCCGCUUUCCUUUCUUCCUUCUUUCUUUCUGCGCCUCCUCCCCUGCUGCUGUUGUCUCCAACAAUACAGAGAUUAAUAAGAGAUUAAUAACUUGCAGUUGCAGUAUCUGCUAGAGACUUGAUGUAAAUAUGGGUGAUGAAGAUGCCACAGAAAAGCGUGCAGUUCCCCGCCUGAAUCAGAGAAUCCUCUCCUCGUUAUCAAGGAGAUCUGUGGCUGCCCAUCCUUGGCAUGAUCUCGAGAUUGGACCUGAUGCUCCACAAGUCUUCAAUGUUGUUGUUGAAAUUACGAAAGGGAGUAAAGUUAAAUAUGAGCUUGACAAGAAAACAGGGCUGAUUAAGGUUGACCGGAUCUUAUACUCAUCAGUUGUCUACCCUCAUAACUAUGGUUUCAUACCCCGAACAUUGUGUGAAGACAAUGACCCAAUGGAUGUUUUGGUCAUCAUGCAGGAACCUGUUCUUCCUGGUUGUUUUCUUCGAGCCAGGGCUAUUGGAUUGAUGCCUAUGAUUGAUCAGGGAGAGAAAGAUGAUAAAAUAAUUGCCGUGUGCGCUGAUGAUCCGGAGUAUCGUCACUACACUGACAUCAAACAACUUCCCCCGCAUCGUCUGGCUGAGAUCAGGCGCUUCUUUGAAGACUACAAGAAGAAUGAAAACAAAGAGGUUGCUGUGAACGAUUUUUUGCCUUCAGCGACUGCCCAUGAAGCUAUCCAGUACUCUAUGGAUCUCUAUGCUGAGUAUAUUUUACACAGUUUGAGAAGAUAGGCGAAGCAGGUUCUCUGCUUCAGCUUUAAUUCCGUUUCAUUGGUGAUAGCUGAUGAUCACUGCAUCAGCGUUAAAUUGGUUUUAUUGGUGAUUGCUGAUGAAGAAAGGGUGAACUUCGUUGCGUUAUUUUUUAUGCUGUAGGUACAAUUUUUGGCACUUGUUUUGGGUGAGACAAUCCUCUGAUUGAAGCAAUAAAGGAAUAAACAGUAUGGCUGAGUUGUGAACUUAAA